AUGUCAUCGACGAGUGUCGAUAUCUGUGUUCAUCGUGUCGACGAAGAGUGCCACGACAACGAUGACGAGGAUUCUCCUCCCCCGGUUUCGUUGGACGAAAUCGAACGUGCGGAAUCAGUCAAUAAUCAGCCGUUAAUUCUAACUGAACCAGCAGCGUCUCUCAUCGGGCAGACCCACCAGGACCACUACAACCCUGAACGGAACGUUUUCCUGAUCCUCACGCCAAACAACGUCGACAAGGUGGAGGGCAUUCGGGAUUUCACAACCGUCGAGAACAGGUCUAUCUGCACUUACAGUAUGGUAGGAAUCCGUUAG